AUGGCGGGCCCACAGGAGUCCUCGGCCUCCUCAGGGUCCAGGAAGUCGAGCAGUCGGGCUGUAGGACAGUUCAACAUCGGUUCCGAGAUUGGUAAGGGCAGUUUUGCCCAAGUGUAUCUGGGUUGGCAUAAGGAAACUAAAGCUGCUGUCGCGAUCAAGUCUGUCGAGCUUGAGCGCUUGAACAAAAAGCUCAGGGAGAAUCUCUACAGCGAAAUUCAAAUACUCAAGACGUUACGCCACCCGCAUAUCGUUGCCCUCCAUGACUGCCUCGAAUCGACCAGUCAUAUCAACUUGAUCAUGGAAUAUUGCGAACUUGGUGAUCUGUCUCUGUUCAUUAAGAAGCGAGAGAAGCUCGCCACACAUCCUGCCACGCAUGAUAUGGCACGCAAGUAUCCCAGCGCGCCGAACUCCGGUUUGCACGAGGUAGUCAUCCGACAUUUCUUAAAGCAACUGACUAGUGCCCUCGAGUUUCUGCGUAGCAAGAACUAUGUACACCGAGAUGUCAAGCCCCAAAACCUAUUGCUGCUGCCAUCACGACCCUUCAGAGAUCAAAGGAGUCGCCCGGUUAUGCAAGCCAGUCAAGAUUCAUUAAUCCCGAUUGCUGGUUUGACAUCUUUACCUAUGCUCAAACUUGCCGAUUUCGGCUUCGCCCGAGUGCUUCCCUCCACCUCCCUGGCUGACACCCUCUGUGGGUCACCCCUGUACAUGGCCCCAGAAAUUCUCCGAUACGAACGAUAUGAUGCGAAAGCCGAUCUCUGGUCAGUGGGAACUGUGCUCUAUGAGAUGAGCACAGGUCGCCCUCCGUUCCGGGCUAGAAACCAUGUCGAGUUAUUAAGAAAGAUUGAAGCGGCUGAGGAUGUAAUCAAGUUUCCAAGAGAGGUGAAUAUCACAUCUGACUUGAAGGCUCUGAUCCGAAGUCUGCUUAAGAGAAGUCCUGUCGAACGGCUCAGCUUUGAGAACUUCUUCACACACCAGGUGGUCACCAGCGAAAUACCUGGUUUAGUAGAGGACGACCUUCCUAAGCCUGUCAGGCAAGAGGCUCGGGAGCCAAGGUCAGCUUUCCAGGCGGGUUCGCCGUCCUUAUCGUCUCGUAGCCCACGCCAGACCGGUCAUGAGUCCCCGACAGACGCUCUUGCCUCAAGAUCUCCUAGAGAGAAGCAUCCCAAAUCACCACAGGUGGGAAGUCCUGGCGAUGGGCGAUAUGCUCGGCGGUCCAAUGAAAGUCAGCGCGCUACUGGCAACUCACCCCGCGAUGGCGGAGAGGGCUUAGGCAUCCGCCGACCUAUAGCUCAUCACGCGAUGACUGCCCCUGUCGAACAAAUUAUUCACGAUAGAGGAGCUGGCCGCGAUAAGGUCUCGCCUCCCACUUCUCUACUGAAUCAGGCAUAUAGAAACAGAACGUCGAGCAAUCCACCCAUAACAGAAGAGGAGAGGGCAGCUCAGGAUGUGGCACUUGAACGAGAAUAUGUGGUUGUUGAGAGACGGCAUGUCGAGGUAAAUGCUCUUGCCGAUGAGCUUGCAGCGAACGAGAAACUCAGCGAUGCCUCACAACGAUCAGGACCUAUGACUCGACGAUACACCCAACAAGGAGCACCCACAUCCACGACAGGUGCCAUCUCCACCCCGUCUGCACGCAACGCAUUGGUGACCCAAGGACGUCAUGACCGUAAAUCUUCCUACGAGAAGGCUCUCUCUGCGAGCCCCGGAUCAGCGUCAAGUGCGAUCUCUAAAGCUAUCCAGGACGCCAGUCUAAGACUCUUCGGAUUCAAAGUCCCCCCUCUGCGAGCUUCACCGAAAGGUCCUUCCCCGCCGCUUUAUCAAGCCUUUCCAACAUAUCCAACACCACAGGCACCUGCUGGACUAUUGGGGGAUGGUCGAAACACACAGGGCACUGACGAGGAUGGCAAAGCUGCGCAAGCUAUAGAGGAGUUUGCAACUCGAAGUGACUGUGUCUAUGGAUUCGCCGAAGUCAAGUAUAAGCAGCUAGUCCCACUGGCACCAUCCGCGGAUCAUAUUUUGGGCGGUCUUGAGCCUGAACAGCUGGCUAAUGAAGAAGACGGGUUAACAGUAGAAGCAAUUGUGGCUUUGUCGGAAGAAGCCCUAGUUCUAUACGUCAAGUCGCUCACUCUCCUCGCCCGAGCUAUGGACAUAGCCAGUCUCUGGUGGUCUAAGAAGAGCCGAGGAGAAACAGGCACCGGCUUGUCAGCAGCAGCAGCCCAGACAGUUGUUCAGCGCAUCAACGCCGUGGUGCAGUGGGUUCGACAACGUUUCAACGAGGUAUUGGAGAAGUCGGAAGUCGUCCGUCUAAAACUUACAGACGCACAAAAGCAACUACCUGAAGACCACCCCGGUCAUCCGGCUAAUCACGGCACCGAGUCGAUUGCUUCCUCUGCCGGAAGUGCAACAAAACAAGUUUACCUUACUCCAGGUAUCAGUGCCGAAAAGCUUAUGUACGAUCGCGCUCUAGAGAUGAGUCGCGCUGCAGCAAUCGACGAAGUGACGAAUGAGAAUCUUUCAGGGUGUGAGAUAUCGUACAUUACGGCUAUUCGAAUGCUCGAGGCUGUAUUGGACAAUGACGAGGAAUCCAGUUCCGAAACAAGAAGAUUGUCCACGGGUAAAGAAGCUGAGCGAGAGAUGAUCAAGGAAAUAAGCGGUGGUGAACUUGACAGUGACGAGGAGGCCCACGUCCGAAAGAUGAUUAAAAUGAUCACAGGACGACUUGCUGCUGUGCGCAAGAAGCAACAAAUGAUUGCUGAGGCCAACAGCAAGAAGCAACUUGCUUUCCAGCAUGCAGUGCGUCGUCGCAGCGGCGAUAUGACACCACGAAGUGUUCCCUCGCAUGCAUCUUCCUGA